GGGAGAGGGAGCGGGAGAGGGAGAGGCUGGAGAAUGAGAGGAUGGAGAGAGAGAGGGAGAGGGAGAUGCAGGCCGCCGGUUUAGACGUCUGCGGGAACAUUGUGGGACGAGGAGUGACUGAGAAGAACAGCGUCGGCAUGAACACGCACCAGCACAGAGAGAUGGGAGCCCCCCGGACGGACGCUGACAGCAACCCCGGCGGCCACAACCCUCCAAACCACAACCCACCUAAGAUCCUGCCAGUGUCUGGAAAACUGGAGCAGGCGAUGCAGAACAACUCCGGCCUCGUUCGUCCCUCUGCCUUCAAGCCGGUGGUUCCCAAGAGCUUCCACUCCAUGCAGAACCUGGUGGGCCAGGCAGGAGGGGCUGGGAGCGAGGGAAAGGCUGAGGCAAGGAGCGAAGGGUUCAGUGAGGGCAGAGUAGGCAGGAGAGGCAGGGACGGAGGAGGAGGAGGAGAAGCAGGAGAGGUCCCAGAGGCCCUGCUCCUGGACCAGGACAGCCCAGUGAGGGUCAGCAGGAGUGAGGGAGGGGGAAAUGGUAAUGAAGUGGUUCAGGGAGGGAUGUCCGAUUCAGGCAGAAACUCCCUGACCAGCCUGCCCACCUACACAGGCUCGGGAUCUGGUUGCGGGCCCCCAGCAGUCCUGGGGCCCCUCAGUGCUUCCACCAGCCACAUCAACAGGUUGGGCAUGGCUGGGGCAGCUGCAGGCCUGGACAAGCUGGAAAAGCCUGGCUAUCAGAACGGGCUUAGCGCCUCAGACAGCGGUCGGUCUUCCUCAGGAAAAAGCUCAUCGUCCUACCAGAGGCUGAGCCACCUGAGUGACGCUCCAGCACCGCUGCGCCCCUCCCCCUCCUCAGACGACAUCAUCCAAGACCUCGAGGACCGCUUGUGGGAGAAAGAGCAAGAGGUGCAGCACAUGCGCAGGAACCUGGACCAAAGUGAGGCAGCAAUCAUUCAGGUGUUUGAGGAGAAGCAGCGAGUCUGGGAGCGACAGAUGGACGAGCUGAGACAGAACUAUGCUUCGCGCCUGCAGCAGGUUACUCGUCGUGCCCAGCGCUCCCAGACGGCCCUGCAGGCCCAGAUAACCCGUCUGUCCCAGGACAAGCGGAGGCUUCAGGAGGAGAUGGCAGCUCUGUUGGCUCAGAGAGAGGACCUGGAGAGAAAGUGUCUGGACUACAGGAAGGAACAGGCUGACAUCUUGCCUCGUCUGGAGGAGACCAAGUGGGAGGUGUGUCAGAAAGCAGGAGAGAUUUCCCUCCUCAAGCAGCAGCUGAGGGAGAGUCAGGCUGAAGUGACACAGCGAGCUGGAGAGAUGGUGGCCUUGAGGGGCCAGCUGAAGGAGCUCAAUGCCCAGCUGAGGGAGCGGGAGGAGGUCAUGCUGGGCCUGAAGGAUUCGUACAGCACCAAGAGUCUGGAGCUGGAGAAGUGUGAGGGAGAGCUGAGGAGGACUCUGUCUGAGGUCUCCCUCCUUAGAGAGAAGCUGGGUGUAUUUGAGGCAGAGGUGCUGAGUCUAAAGCGGGCUCUGAACGAGGUGAGCAGAGGAGCAGAAGUUGUCGUGAGCCCUAACUUAGCUGCUGCAGGGCUGCUGCCGCCAUGGGGAGCCGUCCACUGCCCACGAAACCCAACUGAGCCGUCAACUAACUCCCUCACCCCCACCUCCGACACCCUGCUGAGUCUUCAGAGCGACGAAGCCAAAGCCCAGAGGCAGGAAGCUCAGAGGCAGGAGAGGCAGCAACGCGAGGAGGCCCAGUGGCGCGACGUGCAGCAGCGCCAGGAGGCCCACAUGCAGCAGGACAUCCAAAUGCGCCAGGAUGCCCAGAUCCGACCAGAGGCCCAGCUCCGUCAGGAGGCCCACCUCCGCCACGAAGUCCAACUACGCCAAGAAGCACAGCUGCGUCAGGAGGCCCACCUUCGCCACGAGGCCCAAAUGCGUCAGGAGGCGCAGCUACGUCACGAGGCCCAGCUCUGCCAAGAUGUGCAAUUGCGUCAAGAUGCCCAUCAGUCACAGCGGGCCCAGGAGGGUCACUGGGACGAGGCGGGCGAGCUGCGCAGGCAGCUGGAGCAGCUGCAGGCAGCGUUGCGCCUGGAGCGCCAGCAACGCGAGCGCCAGGCGCUCAACUUCGACCAGGAGCGGCACACCUGGCAGGACGAGAAGGAGCGGGUUUUGAAAUACCAGGCUCAGCUGCAGCUCAGCUAUGUGGAAACGCUGCAGAAGAACCAGGCGCUGGAAAAACGUAUGAGCCAGUUAGGAGCCAAACAAACCACAACCUCCACCACCACCACCAUCACCACCACCACGACCACCUCCCCCACCUCCUCUAACUCUCCGCCUCCGCCACCAGCCCUUUCACCUCUGCCUCCUCAGCCCCCGCCGUCCCUUUCCGGCCCCAUCGCCCUCACCCUCUCCCCACCCUGCGAAGACCAAAAGGGCCCUCCUUCCCUUCACCAGCUUGCCAAUCCCUGGGCGGGGCCCUCUCGUCUGGAGAGGAUAGAGUCAACUGAGAUAUAGAGACAGCUCCAUGAGGAUGAUUCUCCAUUUCACUACACUCACAUUGACAAGGCCUCUCACACAACCACUUCAGCGUUACAGCAGAGAAACACCUCAGUCUACAAUAGAAUAAAUCAGUACAGUCUGACAUACUUUUCAAAGCAACUAUAAACACUAAACAGCAGCAAAGGCCGCGUGAAAAAUGCAACAAGCAGAUAAUCUGAACGGGAAGUUGAACUACAUUCAUCGGUGUCUAAGAUUUUUCAACCUCCUAAACAGCCUUUCUCUCACUAGUUGCCCACUACUACAUGCGACAUGAUCAGUGUUCAUGAAAAGUGUGCCACACUGAUGGAUGGCAGGAAAAACUAAAUGUUGAAUGACAAUGUUUAGAUUACAGCACUAAUACAUGAGUCAUUUAAUACCUGCACGAGAAAAAAAAGGACCCAGACAAUCAGGGAUAUUGUCAGAAAAUGAUCAACAGGAUUAUUAUGCGGUAUUUAUUCAUUGUAAGUCUGUGUCACUGGUUGUGUAAAAGUAGAGUUAGUGGUCAGAGUGUGUGAUGUUGACUUGCAUUUUUGGCCAGAGAGCGCCUUACUCCAUUCUUUCCAGCGUGCAUAAGAGAAAACCUCAUGCUGGAAACAGAUGAAAAAGAAAAAAGAAAACAAAAAAUAAAAAAGUAUGAUUAUCAUUUUUGGUGCUUUAAUCAUAUCAGAAUACCAGCUACAUUGUUACACAUGGCUGGACUAUUUCAUUCAAAAUCCCAGCACAUACUGAGAUCACACACAGUCGGAUUCUGGAUUCAGUUUUUAAGUCAUUUCAUGCACAGGGUCCAACAUACAUGACCCAUUUGGACCCAUUGUUAAGACCAACAGAGUUUAUAUUUUGUACAAAUUAAAUUUAAAUAGAUAAGUUUAGUAGAUAAUCAGCCCCAAAUGGAUAUAGAAUAAAUUUAAAGAUGUAGGAGAACCAGGUUCACCCUCACCUCAGACUCUCUGCGGUGACUAGAAAUGAACACUAGGGGUCAUUAGAGAGCUUUCGCAGCCCUCCCAACUCAAGUUACUUCUCAUCGAACUGAGAGGACAAAGUGAACGGAAGCACACGAUUUGAAUUUGGUUAUUAUGACAAUUGUGUCCCUUCGCUUUGUGCCAUCCAUAGCCAGGGAAAUCAGAGGAAGCAGUUUGUCUCUGCAAAGUUAAAAAGUUUUAUAGAAUGUAUGAUAUAGUAGAAAGAAAUACUUAUAAUAAUAGUUAUAGACUGUAAAUGUGUGCAAGGGAGAGUGGAAGUGAGUGCGUGCAUGUGUGUAUACAUAUGAAAGGCUUCAGCUGAUGAGAUUGAGGGUAGAGGGACUAGUGGCAAUACACCAAGAGAAGAUAUAUUAAGAGCAAAGGGAUUUUCUUUCAGGACAGGAAAACUGACAUCCGAGCUUGUGAGGACUGAGAGAGUGUGCAUUUCCUGGGGGGAAAAAAAAUCUUAAUUUCUUCUGUAUAGUUCAUUUAGACAAAGCAGGGGAGAAUGAAGUUUAAAAAAAAAGAAAAAAAAAGAACAGAAAAGUGGAGCGUCUGCCUCUUUAAAGGGGGGCAUUCAGGCUAUCUGCACUAUGUAGUACAAGUUAUGAUGUACAGUAGACUCAGAUGUGAAUAUCAUGGCUUUUAUAUGUGUUGUUUAUGCCAGCAUACAAAGAUGUUGCUCAAGAAUAUUAACUUAUCUCUAAGGUAUUACAUAGUAUUAUCAUCUUUAUUACUGUUAUUAUAUUAUGGUGAACUGACAGAGAAAAUAUGUGCCAUUCGAGCUUUCCUUUAUGUGUCUUUUUAUUUAUUUAUUUUUUAACUGUGUAGAUAGCCUAUCGGCCUACCAUGAUGGUGCAAUCAUAGCAACCCUGUCCAAAACUGAUGUUCCUUUUGAUGUAGGUGAUAAAUGUAGUUACAGUAUUGCAUUGUUUAGAGAGCAAAAAUGCUACUGAUUUUAUACAUGUUUAAAAUUUAUGGUUUGCAUUUAUGUUACUAUUACUGCUCUGGCUUGGUUAAAAACAACCCGUUUGUUAAAGUUCAGCAGAACUAAUAAAGUUAUGUGAAUAAUUCAC